CUGCCAGACCCCAGGAUAUACUACCCUUCAAGUUUGGUGCAUGGAUCACCCCGCACGCCAACCUCCCUUCGACCGUUGACUUGCCUGCCAUCCUUCACAUGCCCCAGACUGCUCGAUCCAUGGACUCCCAACGGCUCGUUGCCUAUCCGGGACUGGCUCAUCACGAGCCUCUGUGAGCCGUUAUGGCUUUGCGCUCGCAUGGUCAAGGGUCGAGGAUGGAGGUAACUUCAUAUAUACAAGCGUGAAAACGAUACAGGAAUACAUGCGGCAGUUCUUGCAUCUCAUAUAUGUUUCUGAAAGAUCAUUCUGAAGGACCAGAGCCGUAUGCAAGAUGUCGUCGAACAUCCGCAGCUACUGGGACUAUACGUUUGAAUGGACGGAUCUCCAUCAGACCGGAGAACAGCUGCGACCUAUGAUGUUCACCUACGAUAAACUGGCAGACGAGUGUCUCGAACGACUCGAAGCUCUUGCCCCGCCAACAAAUGUAAGUGACGCGCAGAAAGGCCAUCCUGACCCCAAAGCGCCCAAACGGGACUUGUUCGCCUUACUGAAGGCCCACGCACACGAUGACCCGAAACUCGGUGAGCUCUGGGCGCAGGUCAACACGGUCCCGCAAUGGGUUGACUGGCAGCAGAUCAAACGGGGCCAAGAGGUGUUCUUUCGGUAUGGGCUUCCGAUCCUGAACGUGCUUAAUUUUGAAAGUCUCCUGGGUGGCAUGGGCUCCGCACGCGUGGUCGAAACCCUGGCUCGAACUGGCGGCUUUUCAGCCGAUGUCGUCCGACGCAGGCUGCUCGAAACCCUUCAGCAUGUCCUGCAGGUAUCUGAGUCCCUGGAUGCGAUGAAGCCCGGUGGUGUCGGGCAGAUCUCCUCUAUCCGUGUGCGCUUGCUACAUGCGUCUGUGCGCGCGAGGAUACUGAGCCUGGUCAAGCUACGACCGGAAUACUACGACGUGGAUAAAUAUGGCAUCCCCAUCAACGAUCUCGACUGCAUCGCAACCAUCAACACAUUCUGCACCAGCGUAAUCUGGAUGGGUCUUCCCCGCCAGGGUAUCUGGCUUCGAGAGCAGGAAGUUAGCGACUUUCUUGCCCUGUGGAGGUUAGUAGCCCAUUACAUGGGGACCCCGACUGAGCCCUUCGCAAGCCAACCAACCGGACGCGCCAUAAUGGAGUCGUUACUUGUAUCGGAAAUCGAUCCGACAGAUGUCGGCAAGAUACUGGCCCAGAACAUCAUCCUGGGUCUCGAGAACACCGCCCCCGCAUACGCAUCCAAGGAAUUCAUGGAGGCCAUGGCUCGACACCUGAACGGGGGAAAGCUCGCGGACCGACUCAACAUCCCCCGAACCAACAUGUACUACCAGGCGUUGAUAUACGGGUACUGCUUUGUCGUCAUGGGACUGGCCUACGGACCUCGACUGAUCCCGAAGCUCGAUCAGACCUUCAUCGAUUUCCGCCGCCGAGUCUACUACACCAUAAUCACCGGCCGAGACGGUCUCGGCGGCGAGACGUUCUUCGAGUUCAAGUACGUCCCGUUCUACACGCGGACCACGCGGCUGGGGAAGCGCAGGGUUUCGAAGCCAGCGCCGUAUGGCAUUGAAGCCUUAGCGAAGAUGGGUCUUGUGGCGGCGGUUUUUGCUGCGGUGACUCUGCUCAGCGGGGGCGUGUUUGCGUUGCGCAUGUUGGCUACAGGGGUUGCUUUCGGAUGAGCUGUUUCAUUUCCAUCCAGAUUCGAUGCAUCAGUGUUGAUGUUUAUUUACAUCCCGAAUAUGAUUCACAGCUUGGUACCUGUCAGUCGGAUCAUCUCCGCCCAUUGACAU